CUUCCUCAAUAGCUGCCCACUUGGUUUGCUGAGGUAGUAUCUCUCGGGGAGCCAAGUUUGCCAAUUCCUGCUAGUCUGGCUGGGAUCCCACACCUACCCAGCAUUCCUAUGGAUACUGGGGAUCCAAACUUCACUUUUCACACUUGCACAGCGAACGCUUGACCUACUGCGUCACCUCCCCAGCACAGCUUCUUAUCUAAUGCAAGCAGACACCCCGAUUCUCCAGCUGCUGUCCAUGAUCUUUCCAGGACAGCAGUUGCAGUAGCUAUGGCUCCAUCCUGGGUGCCCGCCGUGGGCCUCACUCUGGCGCCCAGCCUGGGGGGCUUCGUGGGCUCCUACUUUGUGCGCGGUGAGGGCCUCCGCUGGUAUGCUACCCUGCAGAAACCCUCCUGGCAUCCGCCUCGCUGGACACUGGCUCCCAUCUGGGGCACGCUGUAUUCGGCCAUGGGGUAUGGCUCCUACAUGAUCUGGAAAGAGCUGGGAGGUUUCACAGAGGACGCCGUGGUUCCCUUGGGUCUCUACACUGGUCAGUUGGCUCUAAACUGGGCAUGGCCCCCCAUCUUCUUUGGUGCCCGGCAGAUGGGCUGGGCCUUGGCAGAUCUUCUGCUUGUCAGUGGGGUAGCAACCGCCACUACCCUAGCCUGGCACCGAGUGAGCCCACCAGCCGCCCGCCUGCUCUACCCCUACCUGGCCUGGCUGGCCUUUGCAACCAUGCUCAACUACUAUGUAUGGCGUGAUAACCAUGGCCGAAGUGGUGGCCCACGGUUCCCAGAGUGAGCGCACCCUGCCCACGAGGACCACAGCACUGCCAGCCAGCUACCAUGGAUGGUGGCCAUCAUGCUUUCGUGACCACUGGGCCUGCUGGUCUACCUGGGUCUUGGCUCAGGGAGCCACCAGGCAGGUCAGGGUGGUCAGUGCCAAGUCCUACCCAGGGACAGUUGUACCUGCCUUUCUGUACUGCUCCAGGCAUGCCCUAGGAUCAUGGGGCUUUUAAAGCUAAAUAAAGUCUUUAACUUUA